CUCCAGUUGCAAUGAAUAUGUCAAAUCUCGUUCCAUCUAGAGCCAGACGUCACGCAAUGAAGUAAUAUUAGAUAAUGCUGAUCGUAGCAGGAGUUUCCCUAUCCGCACCACCUUUGGUAACGUUUUCUGCAUCUAUUCGUCUCUGUCAAAAUUACAGUUUAGGAGUUUCUGGGCGGCUUAUAGAAAGUACUGGCUUCAUGAUUCAUAUGUACAUGUCGUCUCAACCUACUGCGUACCUUACUGCGUUACCUAGACAAGUAUUAACAAAAGUCGAUUGCUGCUCGGUUACCUUCGCCUGAGCCACCACCACAGCGUAAUUUUUGACACUAAUGCUGUCUAAAGAUGCUCGCUAUAUCUAGUCAGCGAUUCCUAUUCGAGUCGAUUUCGCAUUACCGUUGAUUCUGGUCUGAUUUUGUUCACUCGACGAGUAAUCGCCCACGAUUUGAUACUACUACUGAGACAGUCAAGCUCUGGUACAUUCGGUUGUAGUAAUUAUCUGCUUUGCUCAAUGGAGACCUUACAAGUGCACUAUAGUUACCGACAAUGCUGAGUGAGCAAGCCAGUACCCUUCAAUCACCGAAGACACAUUUGAGGUAUACAUACCUAGAAUUGCCAAACAAGGCAACUAUGAUGAUAGAAACAUCUCACUGAGUGUUUAUUAUGCGGUAAAAUAGAGACAUCGUUCGUGGUAUUCCCUAGUUGAGCAACAUUCAAAUCCGUUGAACCAUGC